AUGCUUUGUGAGCAGAAAAAGAGAUUUUUCUUGAAUUUUAAAUGUCUAUCAGGUUUAAUCAUGAUAUCCACGUGGAUACCAGUGAUGGCCAUACUGGUGGCGUCUGUGAACGGAGGAAGGAGCGAUAAUGACACAGAACCGUGUGCAACGAUCCGCAUUUGGAGCACAGUGGUGCAUCUGGGCUCACCUGUCUCUGCCACCUGUGUCAUCAGAAAGAACUGCCCUCUGGUCGUUGGACAGGCUGUUCAAAUUGAGUGGCGUCUUGGAUCUCGCUCUGUUCCCGGCAGCCCUGUGGCGAAUGAGAGCGACUGGGUUUCCAGAGUUGUUUUAUCCAGCUUCAAUCACACCAAGGCGGUCCUCACCUGCGGCAUCAAGGCCACCUCUCAGAUUGUAGCCGGAAAGGAGAUCCAAGCAGGAUAUCCACCAGAAGCACCACAGAACCUCAGCUGUCAGACAAACCUGACCAGCCCAAACACACUGACGUGUCGAUGGGACCCAGGACUGCAGGAGACCCACCUCCGCACCAACUACACCCUCCACACCGAGAUAUGGGGCGCAAACAUGAGCUAUACGUAUAAACUCCCACCAGGAGUCCAUCAUUACAUCAUCCCUCGCUCUGACUUUCUACUGUUCUCUGAUAUGUCGAUAUAUGUGAAGGCUGAGAACGACCUCGGAGACGCAACUUCAGAACCCGUCACUUUGGAACCAGUCAGUGCAGCCAAGUUUGACCCACCUGAAAUUGAGAGGAUUGAAGUGAAGAGCAGGAGGUUUGGAUGCCUGAAGCUGAGGUGGAAGUUCUCCAGGCACCAGGAGUGGAUGUGUUACAAAGGGUUAAACCUGGAAGUUCGAUUCAGGGUGGCUGGCAGCAACCAAUGGAGUGACCCACCAAUCCUUGUGGACUGGGUUAGACCAUCCAGAGCUGUGGAACAAUGUUGUCUCCUUCAUGGGACCGAGUACUCAACCCAGAUCAGAGUCCGAUACCUGCAGAGCCCCUGGAGUGAGUGGAGCGGCAGCAAAUCUGCUGUCACCUUGGAGACGGCUCCUGCUGGACGUCUAAACACGUGGAUGAAAGUUUCAAUGAAUCAUACGUCCAAACAACUCGACAUACAGUUGUUCUGGAAGCCAUCAAAACAAUUCCUCGCCAACAGCCAAAAUGUGUGGUAUGUAGUUUCAGUACAGAAACAAGAUGCUGGAAGAAGGAAACUGUGCCACACAAGCGCACAUUACUGCACUUUCCAGCUUUCUGCAAGAGUAAAGAAGCUCUAUUUGAGUGCUGUGAAUGGAGCAGGGAAAUCCCCACUUAAUGAAAUUUGGAUUUACCCAAAUAAAGCCCAAAGCUCCGUACUAGAUGUUGCAGCUGUUCCUCAUGAUAACAGAUCCCUUUUGAUCCAAUGGUCAUCUGUGGUUCCUUCAAGCCUGAUUGGAUAUGUGCUGGAAUGGAAGCCUUUAUUAAAAACAGACCUCUCUCACAUCCAGUUUGAAAUUUUGGACCAAAAUCAAUCUAGCCUCGUGAUAACAGGCAGCUUGGAGCCCUACAAACCCUACAGGAUCUCGGUGUAUCCCAGGUUUAAGGAUGGGCUCGGUCCUCCUCAGACUGUUAAUGCCUACUUGAGACAAAAGGCUCCAUCUAUGGUUCCUAAAAUACAAAUUGGGAAGAUCUGGAGCUCACGGGUUGAGCUGACCUGGGAUGAAAUACCUUUAGAGGAAAGGAAUGGAAUGAUCAAGGACUACAAAAUCUUCUACUGGUAUGACAAAGGACCUGUAAAAGUUGUGGUUGCAGAUGCGGAAGAGAGGAAAGUGACCCUGGAAAAUCUCCGCAUGGAGUUCUUGUAUGAGGCUUUCAUGAUCGUCAGCACGUUUGGUGGGAGCCUGAACGGAUCAACAAUUCAUUUUAAAACUGAGCCCUUUGAUGUUGUAACUAUUGCGGUGAUUUUGAUUUCAUCUGCCGUUGGACUAACUCUGCUGAUAAUUACCACCUACAUGACUUGUUUCUCCAAAAAGAAAAGGCUGAAGGGACGCAUAUGGCCAGCUGUUCCAGAUCCAGCUAACAGCAGCAUUAAAAUAUGGACAUCAGAAUACACUCAGUUUAUUCAUGUUUCCUGGGACAAGGAAGAGCCAAAUCCAAUUUACUUGUCCCACCUCAGCUUCCUGGACUUGACCACCAAGCUGAGCCAAGAAAAGGAUGAAAACUGGUCGAGCAGCACGGAACACACCAGUGACCUUGGAGAGUCCGUUUGUGGUUCCCUGUUCAUCCCUGGAUACUCUGGUUCAAACAGUGAUUCUGUUCCUUAUGCGACUGUGUUGUUCUCCAGCCCGGGCAACAGCCCUCUCCCUAAGGAGCCUCAUGUCUACCUGCGCUCAGAAUCCACCCAGCCCCUUUUGGAAACAGAGGAAUCCUUCAGCCCAAAAUGCUACCAGAAUGUGUCAACUAAAGGGACGCCAAGCGAGCAGUGCUUUUUUGGGCCAUGUAAUGAUUGUGUACCAGAAAGAGAGGAAGAUCCAGACAUUGUUUGGGAUGACUUUCCUUUUCUUCGAGCUUUAGCUAUUACUGAUUCUGAAAACGACUGAAAAUAUUGCACUGAUUGGGACGAGGUGCUAUUUUUCUAUAACGAGAUUAAACUUGAUCCAACAUGCAAAUUGAACUUGAAAAAUUUAACAAAUUGAACAAAUCACUUUAUUGUAUAAUGAUUUUGAUGGUCAUGAUUAG